GCAGGUUGGAGCUGGAUGAGCGCUGUGCUCCUUUGCAACCCAGGCCGUGCUGUCAUCCUUGCCCUCGGUCUCCCAGCAGCUUCCAGCCGGGCAUCCAGCAGUGCUGCUUCCCUUUGCUUGCAGGAUGCUGAUGACGUGUGCGUGGUUGUGGUUUCCAACCUGCCUGAGAAAGGAUAUUCAGUGGAGGAAGUUUCCAACCUGGCCAAGCCGUUCGGAGGCCUGAGAGAUGUGUUAAUUGUGUCGUCUCAUAAGAAGGCGUAUCUGGAACUCAGCAGAAGGUCUGCAGAAUCCAUGGUGAAGUUCUACAGCUGCUUUCCCAUGACGCUGGAUGGGAACCAGCUGUGCAUCGCUAUGGCGCCGCAGCACAGCAGUGUGAAAGAUGAAGAAGCGAUAUUCACUGCUAUCAUCAAAGACUCCGACCCUAAGGUGAGCUGCUGCCAGUCCAGCUGUAAAGGUGCACUCAUAGGAUCAUAGGAUCAUAGAAGCACGAGGUUGGAAGCGACCCAUAAAUCAUGCAGUCCAACCCCCGUCCCAUUGCUAUCAGCACCACCAGCAC